GCGGGGCGCGGAGAGCGGGGCGCGGAGAGCCGGGCGCCGGCCUCCUCCCUCCCGCGCCGGUCGCUCCGCGCCUGAAGCCGCUGGAGGCCGGUGCUCUGGCCCCGGAGCCCGCACCCUCCUGCCCUGAGCCGCCGCCGUCAUGCUGCUGCCUGUGUUCACCCUGAAACUGCGCCACAAAAUCAGCCCCCGCAUGGUGGCCAUAGGGCGCUACGACGGGACUCACCCGUGCCUGGCAGCCGCCACCCAAGCGGGCAAGGUUUUUAUUCAUAAUCCUCAUACCCGGAGCCAGCAUUUCAGUGCCUCCAGGGUCUUCCAGAGCCCCCUGGAAUCUGAUGUUUCACUUCUCAACAUUAACCAGGCAGUCAGCUGCCUGACUGCAGGAGUACUGAACCCUGAACUCGGCUAUGAUGCUCUUUUAGUGGGGACUCAGACUAACCUUCUGGCUUAUGAUGUCUACAAUAACUCAGAUUUAUUCUACAGAGAGGUUGCUGAUGGGGCCAAUGCAAUUGUGCUGGGAACACUGGGGGACAUCUCCUCUCCUCUUGCCAUUAUUGGUGGAAAUUGUGCUCUGCAGGGUUUUGAUCAUGAAGGAAAUGAUCUCUUUUGGACGGUUACUGGAGAUAAUGUUCAUUCCUUGGCCUUAUGUGACUUUGACGGUGAUGGUAAGAAAGAGCUUCUUGUCGGAUCAGAGGAUUUUGAUAUCCGAGUUUUUAAAGAAGAUGAGAUUGUGGCAGAAAUGACAGAAACAGAGAUAAUCACCUCUCUUUGCCCCAUGUAUGGCAGUAGAUUUGGUUAUGCCCUUUCCAAUGGCACAGUUGGAGUUUAUGACAAAACAGCCCGAUACUGGAGAAUUAAAUCCAAAAAUCAUGCCAUGAGCAUUCAUGCUUUUGACCUUAAUUCUGAUGGAGUGUGUGAACUGAUAACUGGUUGGUCCAAUGGGAAGGUUGAUGCUCGAAGUGACCGAACUGGGGAGGUCAUCUUUAAAGACAACUUUUCUUCUGCAAUUGCUGGUGUGCUAGAGGGAGAUUACCGGAUGGAUGGUCACCCACAGCUGAUCUGCUGCUCAGUGGACGGGGAAAUCCGGGGCUACCUGCCUGGCACAGCUGAGAUGAGAGGGAACCUCAUGGACACCAGCGUAGAACAGGACCUGAUCCGAGAGCUGAGUCAGAAAAAACAGAAUCUGUUGCUAGAACUCCGUAACUAUGAGGAAAAUGCCAAGUGGGAGGAUGUUUUGCAGGCUGAAUCGAGCAGUCCACUGAAUGAGGCUGAUGGGUCUCGGGGCAUCAUCCCAGCCAAUACCAAGCUCCACACCGCCCUCUCGGUCAAUCUGGGACAUGAGACCCAGGCUGCUCAUGCAGAAUUGUGUAUUUCCACCUCUAAUGACACCAUCAUCCGAGCAGUACUGAUUUUUGCUGAGGGAAUUUUUCUAGGUGAAAGCCACGUGGUACACCCCAGCAUUCACAACCUUUCCAGCUCCAUCUGCAUCCCGAUUACACCUCCCAAAGAUGUCCCUGUGGAUCUGCACUUGAAAACCUUCGUGGGUUACAGAAGCAGCACCCAGUUUCACGUAUUUGAACUGACAAGACAGCUCCCCCGCUUCUCCAUGUAUGCACUGACCAGCCCUGACCCUGCCAGAGAGCCCCUCAGCUAUGUCAACUUUGUCAUUGCAGAACGUGCACAGAGGGUUGUUAUAUGGCUCAACCAGAACUUCCUGUUACCAGAAGACACUAACAUUCAAAAUGCUCCGUUUCAAGUGUGUUUCACAUCCUUACGGAAUGGUGGCCAGCUGUAUAUAAAGAUAAAACUUAGUGGAGAGAUCACUGUAAAUACUGAUGAUAUCGACUUGGCUGGUGAUAUCAUCCAGUCGAUGGCAUCAUUUUUUGCUAUUGAAGACCUUCAAGUAGAAGCAGAUUUCCCUGUCUACUUUGAGGAAUUACGAAAGGUGCUAAUUAAGGUGGAUGAAUAUCAUUCAGUGCAUCAGAAGCUCAGUGCUGAGAUGGCUGAUAAUUCUAACCUGAUCCGAAGUUUGCUGGUCCGAGCUGAAGAUGCUCGUCUGAUGAGGGACAUGAAAACCAUGAAGAACCGUUACAUGGAACUGUAUGACCUUAACAGAGACUUGUUAAAUGGAUACAAAAUUCGCUGUAACAACCACACAGAACUCUUGGGAAACCUAAAAGCAGUAAAUCAGGCCAUUCAAAGAGCAGGUCGUUUGCGGGUUGGAAAACCAAAGAACCAAGUGAUCACUGCUUGUCGGGAUGCGAUUCGAAGCAACAACAUCAACACGCUGUUCAGAAUCAUGCGCGUGGGAACAGCUUCUUCUUAGGAAAGAUUAGGUAAUGGAGUUCCUAGAAAGGGUUUUUCCCUAAAAAUCGAGUCUAGUUUGCUUGGAUCACAUCCUGGUGAACCCAGGUGCUAAAAAUGGCAAGAGCCUUGGUGAGUGAUACGAAUGCAAGGCAACCACUGCAUCUGAAAAGUGUAUCUUUCUAUUUUUAGAAUCAGUUGCACUGUUACCAGAUAAUACCAGGUUUGUGUAGAGGAGGGGGAUAUCUUUGAAAUGUAAGGGCUUCAAAGUCCACAUUUUUUUCUGUAUGUAUGUAAAGUUGGUGUAUAGAUGUAUAGAUACAUCUUCUUCCUUUAAAUUUAAUUGAAUUUGUAAUUAAAAUGUUUUUUUCAUUAAAACUUAAGAGUUGGA